AUGUUACACCUAUUCACUCUUUCUUAAAGAGAUAGCGAACAGGAACAAGCUUUAUUCGUGACCCUGGUCUUCGCUUAGUUUCUAUAUAGUCGACGUCCCCUAUAGUUUUUCCGUUCGUCACUUUCGCACAAAGAAGAAAAGAUAUUACCAUGCUUCUUUUUGCAGUACUAUUGUUAAUAUCUGUGAAAGCCCCAACGACACUCGGGUUGGUGUGUCUAGCCUGUGACCAGGUAGAGAGCAUACGUGAUUGUUCCGACAUCCAAACUUGCGGUCCAAACGAGAUCUGCUAUUUAGACGGACAUUAUACAGUUCAAGGGCACUUGACAUAUCAAGGAGGUUGCAGAGACCGUCGAAGAUGCCCGACAGUCCUAGGUGGAAAGCGGGACAGUAACUUGUUUUGUUCCCAGUGCUGCGACCAACCCUGGUGCCAGGCCACACUUUGUGGAGGCAAAGGAUAUCCUGCGGACCGAGGUUUGAUGUGCUACGAUUGUCCGCAGGGAUUGGAUCACGCCGAGGAUUGCGAUAGAAUUAUCGAAGCAUCGAGUGACCAGGCGUGUGUAGAAUCGCUGGUGGCUACUAACCACGGAACUAUUAAAUAUGUUACUAGUCUUAUUGGAAAAGCCGCAUGUUCCCGUCUAAUGGCAACUAUACAUGUAGAUGAGAUAGUGGGGAAAAGGCAGAGCACCGGCUCAAAUGGUUUAUGUUACAACUGCUGCAACAGUGACCUUUGUAAUAACCAGUGCGUCUCAAAAAAUCAAACUGCGCAAGUGUGUCAAGACACCGGAACACUCGAAACGUGUUCUUUGGCCCAAGGCUACGUCUGUGGUGAUAAGACAAUGGCCUUUAACGCGGGAUGUCUGCUCACCUGUGGUUUCUGUUAGCUUUAAAUCACUCAUGAUAUGAAAUUAAAACACUGCUUCAACAACGUA